AUGCACACUUCCCCCCCUUUUCUUACCCCAAUCUCGCCCUUCUCUCCUCCUCAGUGCAUAAUAAUGGCGGAGGAGGUGCUGCUGCUCAACUGGCGGAACUUCCAGGUGGCGCGGGUGGUGGAGGAGCUGAAGGCGCGCCUGCCACUGCACCUCAAUGCCGCAGGCCAGCAGGUGCUAGGGCAUGAGCUCAUCCCCCCUCUCACUCUCUCGCCCCCCUCAACCUCCCUUCCUGCUCCUGCAACCGUGGCUGCUGCUGCCGCACCCACCUCAGCAACUGCCACCUCAGCAGCUGCCACCUCAACAGCUGCCACCUCAGCAACCGCCACCUCAGCAGCUGCCAGCUCAGCAUCAGUGUCUGCCCAUGCUGCUGCAAGCAUUCCUCUACUCUCGUUUCCUCCCCCUCCACCCUCCUCUGCUGCUGCAGCUGCCAACCUUGCUGCUGCUGCCGCACCACCCACGCCCACCAUCUCACCACCGUUAUCAGCACCACAAGCAGCAGCGUCAGCAGCAGUAGCAGCAGCACCACCGCCAGCAGGAGCAGCACCAACAGCAGCAGCAGGUGCAACAACAGAGGGGUUGGGAGCAGCACCGAUGGAAGCGGGGGGCAUGGCGUGGCGAGGGCCUAACGCGCUGCCCUUUGAGUUCCGCGCUCUGGAGGUGUGCCUGGAGUCUGCCUGUGGAACCCUUGAUGCCGAGACCACCCGGGUGGAGCAGGAAGCCUAUCCAGCUUUGGACGAGCUGACGGCGUCCGUGUCAACGCUCAACCUGGAGAGGGUGCGGCAGAUUAAGAGCCGCCUCGUUGUCAUCUCGGGCCGCGUGCAGAAGGUUCGAGAUGAGCUAGAACAACUGUUGGACGACGACGAGGAUAUGGACGAGAUGUACCUCACAGACAAGCUGCUGCAGCAGCGGCAGCAGCAGCAGCAGCAGCAGGAGGAGGAGGAGAUGCGUGAGGAGGAGGAGAGGCAGCGCCUGCUGCACCUGCACCAGCAGCAGCACGUGCACGGACGGGCAGAGGAAACUUUCAGUUUUGAGGCUUACUUUGUGCAGAUUGAGGGCACACUCAACAAACUAUCAUCGCUACGAGAAUAUGUGGAGGACACGGAGGACUACAUAAACAUCAUGCUGGACGAGAAGCAGAACAGUCUGCUGCAGAUGAACGUGCUGCUCACCACCGCCACACUCUUCAUCUCCUUCUUCAUCGUCGUCACGGGCGUGUUCGGGAUGAACAUCGAGUGCUCGUAUUUCGACCCGGAGGUUCCGUCCAAUUACAACGUGUUCUAUUAUGUUGUGAUUGGGAGCACUGUAGCGUGUAUCGCGUCGUUUAUUCUGGCGGUGGUGUACAUGCGCAGUAGAGGGCUGAUUCCAUUUGGAGACGUCUUUGUCAUUCGAAGCACUGGCGGCACAACUGCUGCUGGUGGGCAAGUGCUGUCGUUUUCAGGCCGGCUGGAGGCAGCUGGGGCAGCUGAGCGCACAGAGGCAGUGGCAGGGGUGCUGCAGCGGCUGCGCGAGCAAGGCGUGGUGACUGGCUGGCGUAACGAGCUGUAUCCAGUCAGUGCCUCCUUCCAUGCACCACCAGCCUUUCUCAUCGAGCGAGCAGCAGCGCCUCUCUUCGGCACCAAGGCAUAUGGCGUGCACAUGAACGGCUACACACACCUGCCGUCCUCCUCCUCCUCCUCCUCCUCCUCCUCCUCCUCCUCCUCCUCUUCCUCCUCCUCUUCCUCCUCUUCCUCCUCUCUCCAUCUGUGGGUGGCACGGCGGUCCCCCUUAAAGCCCACGUUCCCCAACCAGCUGGAUCAUCUGGUGGCAGGCGGGCAGCCCCACGGCAUCAGCUGCAGGGACAACAUGAUCAAGGAGUGUGAGGAGGAGGCGGACAUUCCAAGGCACUUGGCAGAGAGGGCAGUGCCAGUGGGAGUGGUGAGCUAUGAGACAGUGACAGCAGCAAACACGCUCAAGAGGGACGUGCUCUUCUGCUACGACCUCCUGCUGCCACCCGAUUUCACUCCCAGGAACACAGAUGGGGAGGUAGCAGAGUUUUCCCUGCUGCCAAUUGAAGCUGUGGCUAAUAUCGUGGCCAACACUAAGGAGUACAAGGCGAACUGCAACCUCGUUAUUAUCGACUUCCUUAUAAGACACGGUAUGAUUUCUCCGGAUUCACAAGGCUAUCUCGACCUGCUGACUGGCCUUCGCCAAGGCUCCUGGGACUGGCUCCAUGUGAUCCCGUGCGAUCCCGUUCAACUCCUCGCUCAGAUAGAUGCGGCAGCACAGUCUAUAUGGCAGUGCCUGGGAACGGGGAUUCGUGUUCCCCACAGCAGCAGCCCCUUCCCUCUCACCAUCACCACCACCACCACCACCACCACCACCACCACCACCACCACCACCACCAUCACCAUCCCUCCCAUUCACAGCCGCAGCGUUGUCAAGCAGCACACUGUGGACCUCUUCUAG